AUGAAAGUCCAUUAUAUUAAUAUAUUAUUGUUUUCUCUUCCAUUAAAUAUACUGGAACAUAAUCCAUGGAACCAUUACAUGAAACCACAUACGUACACCAAUAGAUCAUUAUGCGAAUGCGAAUUAUAUGAACCUGCCAAUUAUGAUAAUGACCCACAAAUGAAAGAAGUCAUGGAAAAUUUCAUUAAACAGACACAGCAAAGAUUUCAUGAUUAUGACGACCGUAUGAAAGAAAAACGAAAGCAAUGUAAAGAACGAUGUGAUAAAGAAAUACAAAAAAUUAUAUUAAAAGAUAAAUUAGAAAAGGAAUUAACAGAAAAGUUUUCCACACUACACACAGAUAUACAAAGUGAUGCUAUUCCAACAUGUGUUUGCGAAAAAUCAGUCGCAGAUAAAGUGGAAAAAACAUGUUUGAGAUGUGGAAGUGUGUUCGGUGGUGGUAUUGCACCAAGUGUUGGUUUAUUAGGAGGAAUUGGUGAAGCUGCAAUAAGCGCCUGGAAACCUAAGGCAAUUGCUGCCGCUAUUGCAGCUGCUGAAAAAGCCGGUGCUGCGGAGGGUUUAGCUGCCGGUAAUGCCCUUGGUAUGGAAAUAGUUACUGCAUUUUUAAAAGCAUACAGUGUAGAUAAAUUUUGUCCUGAAUUAUUGCAAUCCAUUGGUAAUAAGAUAACUUAUUAUGAUGUCGCAAAGAUUUCUGAAAUUAUUAUUGGAAAAUAUGAGGCAACUUGUAAUGUGUCGACCGAUACUAGUACUCAGGCUAUGUGCACAGAUGUUGGUACUAAAUUUAAACUAAUUAGAAAUGAAACUAUGGAUUUUCUUCCAACAAGAUCUGGUAUAAAAACAAAGGUAAUCGAUUUUGUUGAAAAAGCUAAAUUUUCUGCUGAUACCCAAGCUGCGAAGGUGAGUUCUAAAAUUACUGCUGAUCUGACAGCUGAAAAGACCGGUGAGAUAGCAGCUACAUAUGGUGCUUGGAAGACUACUAUUAUUGCUUCUAUCGUUGCGAUAGUAGUUAUAGUUUUAAUUAUGGUAAUAAUAUAUUUAAUUUUACGUUAUCGACGAAAAAAAAAAAUGAAGAAAAAACUGCAAUAUAUAAAAUUAUUGAAAGAAUAG